AUGGCUCGGCUGGCCCGUUGGUACGAGACCCAUCUGUACUUGUUUCACGUGGUUGAUCUCAGCCAUCGAGUGGCUUGCGUUGAGCCCAUGUUGCUGCAGACGCCGCAGUUCUGGGAGAUCUUGGGCUAUAUUGAGGAUGAAGUCCAGGCCUCCUUGCCUCAUGGUAUCGGACAUCCGUGCUCUUUGUCGCUUUGCCCAUAUGGUGGCAGUCCUGACCCUGUCAGCUGCAGUUGUAAGCAGCUGUACAGUGAGGCAACACAGCGACUGUCAGAGAGGGUUUGCAUCAUCUCAACUGACCCUGGAGAAGACAGGCCCCUGGAGACAAACUUGACUCGCUUGGUUGCAGAGGAGCGCGCAGACCUCACAAACUUCUGGAGCAUCACAUACCAUCUCAACAGGCUGUAUGCUUCACUCCACGGAUAUCGCUUCCACAGGCCGCACGUGGACGACGAACAGCUGCGAGAGAUGUUGUCAGAUGGUUUGUAUCCGCCAAGGCGUGUGCAGUGGGCCAUUGUGCGCUUGGUCCAGCAAGAGCUUGAAGACAGGACUUGUGAGUACGUGGUCUGGAUGGAUAGUGAUGCCUAUGUUGCUUCAUCAGAGCCUUUGGAGACGGUUUUGGAAGAGUAUGGGCUACUUAAUAAAACAGACCUGCGCCGCCUUGUCCAGCGUGCAACGCCGCGAGUGGAGGAUGUCAGAUCACCUGACAGGACUGACUUCAUUCGCCGCGAGCAUGGUCACCUCCCCUUGCGAGAGGUCGUUGAUGCUCUGGAUGCGUUGCAGUUUUCCUCUGCUUCAUUCCUGGCAUGUUUUAGAGAACUUCAAGAUGAACCUUCAGAGGGCGCACAAGCCGACGCAGAGAAUGCAGAACCAUUGGUGCUUUCAAAGGAAGAACGCUUGAAGAGAUAUUGUGCUGCAAAGCCAGCUGCGGAAAUGUCAAAUGACACUGCUGUGCACCAACUCUACCGCUUGUUGAGCCAGGCCAAGAUACUGGAUUUGGAGCAAGAGGCAACAUCCUCGACACAUUCGACACCCAGCUCAUCUACCCCGGAAUGGACCACUGUGCCGGAAUCAAAUUGGCAGCAGCUGGUUGCGACUGAGAAAGCCAAGGGCGGCGAAUGCUUCAAACAGAAGGACUUUCAAGCUGCUAUCAAGCACUACACCAAGGCUAUCCAAGCUUCACCUAAACCGUUUAAACCUGAUGAAGUCAGAGAAGGCGAAGCAUCAGAAGCGUCGCAACUGUUCUCAACUUUGUCCGCAUUGCUCUCAAAUCGCUGCGCUGCGCGGUUGCAACUUGAUGAGGGGGUCGCAGCCCUGGCAGAUGCACGGACCUGUGUGCAGCUGACUCCUUCUUGGCCCAAGGGACGUUUUCGCGAAGGCUGCUGCUUGAGGCAGCUUGGUCUUUUGGAGGAUGCCCAACGUGCUUUUGCAGCUGGGCAGAAACUAGAGCCGGACAACAAAGAGUGGUGCAAAGAGCUUGAAAAGACAGAGAAGCUCUUGCUUGCCCAGCCAGCGUAUCAGGUGAACGGACCAUUUCAACAGCUGUCUGCAUGCAAGUGGCGCCAACUUCAAGAGGGUCUACAGCCGGGAAAAGCACAAAUCCGCUAUGCAAUUUUGGAUCAGAAGGGAUACUUUGCCAACUUGGCUAUGAAUUUGCAGAGCUCUUCACCUGAAGGCUUCGCUACAAGAGAUUUGCAAGGGAAUCUUCUGAGUAUUCCCAAGAUCAAACAGUUUUUGGACGAUUCGGAACGGAAAAGUGUAGCCUUGCACAUUGAUGUGAAAGACGAGAGCAAGGACAACGGCAUGAAAAGCAUCAUAACCUCACUCCCAUUGGAGGAUGGUCUGGAGCGAUUUGUAUCCAAGGCCAAAAGCCCCGAUCCUCCGAAGGCUUCCAUUGACAGCGUGCUCACGAUUCAAAGACGAAGUGGAUUCCCAAAGUCUUACCCCAAAUACUUGGGCUUCCAGAUGUUCCCUGGAGACCUGAAUUUUCCGGUGAUUGAUCUUCUUCGCGAUGCUCCCGCACACGCCGGCAAGUAA